AGUAACUACGUUGGUAGGAAGGGAUCAAAUUCAGAACAGAUACUUAAUAUAACAUGUUUGAUUCCCAGAUGCUCCGUGGUGUGGUCAUUGUAAGCAAUUGGCUCCAAUCUGGGAUAAAUUAGCUGAGAAAUUCAAAGAUGAUGAUAGUAUUGUUAUUGCCAAGAUGGACUCGACCAAGAAUGAAAUAGAUCAAGUUCGUGUCGAUAGUUUCCCAACUCUCAAAUAUUUCCCUAAAGAUUCUGACGAGGUAACUGCACUUGUAUGGAUUUUAGGUUUAAAGCUGUUUAAAACUUUUAUUCAAGAAUGCUCGGCAGAGUAAAAUAAUUGGUCAUUUUGAGGCUUUAUUGGUUCAGGAAUGACACGACAAAAUGCUCAGUCAUUUUACGCCCAGCACUUUUUUCUCUUGACAAGUAAAAUAGUCUGGCUUUAGGCAGUGUAAAAUAACAAAGUAGGGGGCAUCAGAAGAAUUGCUCCAUCAGAGGUGUAAGAAAUAGGCAGGUUUGUUUUCUUAUUUCGCUAUACUAUUGCGGAUUCGUUUAUGUUUUGAAAACCGAUCAGAAGGAAACGUUGAGCGGUCAGGAUUUUGUUUUGUUUUCCUCGUUUAAAUGAUUAGAAUAUUCUGUGCACAGCAACUCGCAAAAUUUGAUAUUUUCUAAGCUGUCAACUGCUGCAGGCCUAGAAAAUAUAUUUCCCUUCCUCGCAUCAAAAUCCGAGAAUAAAAAUGUCCUGCAUAUGUAGAUUUCAGAGCAUGUAUGGCGCAGCACAGUUCAAUUCGACAGACGACAAUCUCGACUUGCAAAACGCUUUUGGAAUUUUUAAACAAUACAAAUUAUAUGGCAUUCCAGUAUAUACUGUAUAAGAUGGAAAAAAAUUCCUGUGAAGAUAUUUUCAAUUGUUAAAAAUUUCCUGACAGCGCUACUGCCGGCGCUGCAUACUGAACAUUUUCCAGCACUGAACUGCAGCUGUGCACUUCAUCUAUUUUAUACGUUUCGAUAUUUUUGUCGAAAAGACGCUGAAUUAUGAACAUAUGAUAAUCGAUUUCAAGCGCCAUGGUCUUACUGUGUCGACGAAAAAUAGUUGCCACACUCCCGGAUUUUUUGGACGGCCAGUUUGACACCCUGGUUGAAAGCCUGGUUGAUAUUGUAAUUCUUCGGCUCAUCAGAAAAUGUCUAGUGUACGGAUUGAUCCCAUCCUCGUUCCCAGGGCCUCUACACGGAACCGGAACUGCAAGAAAAUUUGCAGUAGCUUCUAAGGCGUAUACUCUUGAAUUUUGACUCUUUAGCACCAGUAACAAUUUUCACAGAGAAGUAUUAGAAAGUAACGAAGUAUUUGUGUCGACAUAUUUUGAUAGAAUUUUGCGUAGCGUAAACUGCUCAACUUCUGCGGAAUAGCAAUUCUCUGAGUAGCCAAUCAUAUCUCCAUUUAUUUGUCUAACCCACAGCCUAAUUUUCAACGAGUGACCGAGUGAAAAUGGCUCUGGGGACGAGAAUGGAUUGAUCCCUCUGAUGAUCGUUGCUGAGCUGUGGUAGUACCCAUAGGCUUAUUUGCAAACGGCUAGAAUGUGUAUUCACGGAGAAAGUUCGAUAUUUUUCUUUGCUAGAUUGUCGACUACACUGGCGGACGAACAUUAGAAGACAUGGUGAAAUUCAUUGAAUCUGGUGGUAAAGACAUGCCGGCUGAAGAACCUGCUCCCGAAGAGGAGGGUGAAGAACCCAGUGAAGGCGAUGAGGAGGCGACUGAAGAAGGCGAAGAAACGCCUGAAGAAGGCGAAGAAGCACAACCCAAGGAAGAAUUGUAAAAGAAAUACGUUAUCGUCGUUGUCUUCCGCCACGUGGCGAACAUACAACAUGGACGACUGUCUUUUAUAGUCGCAUGAAUAUUAUACGUAUUUCCUUUAUAAAUUAUUUAGUUUAAAUAUUCUUAGGUACGUUAUGUUUUAAUACAUUUGUUGUGCAAUAA